UCGUCCGAGCGAGCCAUGAGACGUAGCCAGAAAGAACUUCUGAAGAACUACAUUGAAGGUGAAAUGGUCCCCCUUCACUUCCCCAGCUCGAAAGCGGAUGCAGUUGAUGGCUACAUAAGUCAAGAUGUGCCCUUCGUCAGAGUGAAUGACCUUUGUGCUAUGAUAUUUGACUACCUUGACCGACUCGAUCAGACCAACUCCCUAACAUGGCACAAUGGUGUAAUACCGGACGACGAGAUAUGGAUAAAGUUGGGGGGGGACAAAGGAGGAUCCACGUUCAAAAUGGCCUUUCAGAUUGUAAAUGUUCCUCAAACCCUUCCUAAGGUGAUCGACCAAGUAUCUGAUCUGGCCCAGCGAAAAUGGAGGUACAUGUACAAAACAGCAAGACAUAAAAGCAUAUGUAUAGACAGCUGCAGGCAUAAUUCCGGGUCUUUAUCAUUCUUGGGCUUAAAUUUCUACCUCUUUUUUUUAUUCCAGAGGACGAAACUUCCGUCUCCUGUGCUUUGGGGACUAUGCUUUCCUGACGAAGCUGUAUAGAAUAUGCAGCUCAAACGGUAAGUGCAUUGUAUUCGUUGACAUGUGUGUACAGAGUGCACUAAGAUAUCUUGGUCUUGUGGAACAUUAAGUACUUAUUUACUGUUUGCCAUGCACACAUAUUAAAGGACAGUUUCCAUUUUCAUUGUCUUUUUUUCUGUGCAGCCCGUUGCUGUUGCAUAUACUGCCGCAUCAGUAAGGACCAGAUGCAGAAACCACUGUGUGAAAGGGAACCAUCAUUCAGAAGAUCUUUGCAGUCUAUUUGUGAACAGCAUCAGCUGUUUGUGAACGAUGGGCAAAGACGAAACAGAGCAAAAGACGUGUCGUACAGUGUCGUCAGUACCCCCAUGCUCCAUGUUGAAAUUCACAAUGUAAUUGUCCCAACCUUACACAUUUCCCUCGGUGUGUACAAGCGGCUGUACGAUCUCUUUGAGAUGGAAUGCCACAGGCUUGAUGUCGAAGUCCUCAAGCAGAGAGCCAUCGGAAGGUCGCUGGACGAUGAGGAUGACAGCUUGGCCACCGACUUUGACAAGAAAGUCGAGGAUGAAUUGUCCAGGCAGAGGAGAGUAGAGAAAGAUCUGCAGGAAAAGCGGAACAACUUAGAAGAACUCGAAGAAGAAGUUCCCCUCCCUCUCCUGAAUGACCUUCACAACAGUACGGGCAAUGAAAUGGUCAACAAAGUCCAGAUGCUCAGGGCAGACAUUGCUGAAAUGGAGCAGAGUGACGGGAAAGCUGAACUGGAGUUUGGGACAGGUCCCAUCACCAGCAGUUUAGAUGAUGUGCUACAAAAACAUAAAGUCAACAGGCAGGCCUACCAUGGCAAGUCUUUCGUGGGAAACCACGUCAAUAAGUGUUGCCAGAUUCCAGUCAUUGAAGACCUCACUGCCCAACCUCGACGGAUGACUGAUCGACUUCAUCUCGAUGGCCUGACAAUUGCAGCAUCUGAGCGAAUAAAAAGAAAGGCAGCAGAAAUAGGCAAAUCAUUCCAUGAAGUGUUUCUGAGCUUCGCUGAUGUCCACCAUGCCAUCAACCACGCCAAUCCUAUAUCACAUUCAGACAUGGAACGUACAGGUACGACAGCUGAAUUUGCAGAUUUACAGAAACCAUUCUUUACAUAAAAAUAAACAUACAAAUUUCUAAAAUAAAAUAAAAAUAAAGUGUAUCAGAUCAUUGACUGAAUUGUAUUAAACUCUGCUCUCUGUUUC